GAGAGAGAAAGAGCGUAGAUAGAGAGAGAAAUCCAGUCCAUGGUUGGAGAGAGAAAAUGAGAGUAUUUAAUGAGGAGAAAUGAAGGAGAUUGUCUUUUGGAAUUUAUUUGUGAUACGAAAUGCCCUCUUUCUCUGCGCUGAUACAAAACGGAAGAAGCAGUGAAAUCAGCAGUGGCAGGAGAGGAAGAAGAGAGAAAGCUGGGGUUUCGAAACCCUAAUUUAGGAGCAGUUUUAGAGCGCUAUUCUCCUUGGGCUGGGCUUUUCACAGAGAGAGAGAGAGAGAGAGAAAGAGUCGGUGAUUUGGGAUCAGGUUUUCUUUUUCUGGUUUUUAGGUUGACUGAAGAGGCGGUUAUUGUGAGAAAAGCCUUGUUUCUCAGUAGAUCAUUUCAGUCUAUAUUUUCGAUUGAUGUGUAAUGGGUUUUCCCUCUCUAGGGUUUUUGGUUGGUAUGUGAUUUGAUCAGUAAUAAAAGUUAUUCAGAGAGAGAAAUUCAAAGACUUGUUUGAGUUGACGAGUGUAUAUAGAAAUGGUGGAUUGUGGCUUUUAAAUCUGCAAAAAACAAGUUGAGAGCUUAGAGAGAGAAAGCGGUUUUUAUCCGGUGUCUCUUUGUAGGUUCAUCGCAUUUGCGUGUCAAAGUAGCAGAGAAAAGAAAAGAAAAGAAAAAGGUAAAGCGGGAAGGACAGACACGCUGACUACCUCUCUCCCUCUCUAAAAAAUUCCCGCUAGACCUGUCACUUCUUCCUUGCUCAUCAGAAGGAACUUAUCUCUCUCACACACUUUGAACGACCUCCUUCUUUCAGUAAAUUUAGACUGAGCUCUCUCUCUCUCUUACUGGAGCGACCUCUUUUUCUCUCUUUCCACUGUUAAAUCUACACCUCUCUCACUAGAACGAGCUCCUUUCUCUCUCUAAAAAAUCUACAUCUCCUCUCUCUACACUGCAUCUUCCCCAGGAUCCCAUCCAACGGUCUCUGAUCUUCUCUGGCCCAAUCCAGCGGCUCGGAUAACCCCUCUUAUGCAUCAUCAACCCUGCGAAACAGAAAUGCAAGGUGUGAACUCCAUGACAACUUGCUUAACCUCUCUGCAAGACCUUCAACAACAGCAACACACCACUCUGCAUCAAAAUCAAAGCCAAAACCAAAACCAACAAAUAACCCAACAAAUUCAACCCCAUUUUGAUCAACACCAUGACGAUCUCUUUGACCAAAUGCUCUCUACUCUCCCUUCUUCUUGGGCCGAACUUUCAAAAUCCCCAUGGCCUGAGCUCAAUCCACAAACCCUUCAAAAUUCAAAGCUUUUCUCCAUCUCCCUAAACUCGAAUUCAGGUACCAAGACUGAAAAUUCAUCCGAAAACAUUUCACCAUACUAUGAUGAAUCGUCCUUAUUGGCUUCGAGGCUGAGGCAACACCAAAUCUCAAGCCAAAGUUCGCCUGGUUUGAAGCUGAAUAACGCAGGGAUUGGAGCGGCACAGUUGAUUUCGCCCAGAGGGGUGGCUAGGUCACCUGGUUCAUCUAGUUGUUUGAGCGAUGGGGGUAUGAUGCCUCCCCUUCCAUUGAGUUUAGGCCAAGGGGGUCAAGAUUCAAAUGAGGAAACGCAGAUUAUGGUUGAUCGAGCGAGAGACGAGGUUGAAGCUUCUUUCAAGGCCGGCAAUGGGGUCGGUGAUGGACUGGUUCCAGGUCUCUACAAUGGCUUCUCCGCAGCAUCUCAGCCUCGAGCUUCUCAACCCAAUAACCAGCAUUUCUAUUCUCAGGGUCAGCUCCCUUCUCAAACCUUUGGAGGUGGAAAUCCAGCAAUGAAUCAUGCACCACCUGGUUCGGGACCAACGGGGAACGCUGCUCCUGCGAGGCCUAGGGUUAGGGCUCGCCGUGGCCAAGCCACCGAUCCACAUAGCAUUGCUGAAAGAUUGCGCAGGGAGAGAAUCGCAGAGAGAAUGAAAGCACUGCAAGAACUGGUACCUAACGCUAAUAAGACUGACAAAGCUUCCAUGCUUGACGAAAUCAUUGAGUAUGUGAAAUUCCUCCAGCUCCAAGUCAAGGUUCUGAGUAUGAGCAGAUUAGGUGGUGCAGCUGCUGUUGCCCCACUCGUUGCUGAUAUUUCCUCAGAGGGAGGAGGAGACUGCAUCCAGGCUAAUGGAAUUGGACGGAAUGCAAGCGGGGGUCAAACGCCGACGCAGGACAGCCUAACGGUAACGGAACACCAGGUUGCAAAGCUAAUGGAAGAGGACAUGGGUUCCGCUAUGCAAUAUUUACAAGGGAAGGGCCUAUGCCUCAUGCCUAUUUCGCUUGCAUCGGCUAUCUCAUCCGCCACGUGUCACACGAGGAAUCCAUCAUCGGUGCUGAUGGGCCCAACCAACGCCGACGUGCCCUCAUCCCCGAGCAUGUCGGUGCUGACCGUGCAGUCCGCGAUGGCCAACGGAACCGAUGUCGGCGCCGUCAAGGACGCGGCCUCCGUUUCGAAACCGUGAGGGAGAGAGAAAGAGAGGGCCCGAGCCGAAGGAGGGGUCCUCGAACUAACGGCGUCAAGUCUACGGGAAUAGGGCCGUCUCAGCGUGUAUUUUGACGCCGUAUUUACAUAGACUUGGCGUGAGUUAACAAUCCGUUUCUUUAAAUGCUUUAUGAGUAGGCUCCUUUUUUAAAUUUUUUUCUCUCUCUAGCUUUUUUCUGUAGUCUUUUUAAUUUGUUGGGGAGUUUGUUUGUCGUCUUUUGGGCUUUCACGAAAUAAAAUAUAUAUUUGUGUAAUGUAAAAAAAAAGUAAGGAAGGGAACGUUAUUUGGGUGGGGGGCUGUUUCAUUAUUUAGCAUGCGAAGAGAGAGAAAUGGGAAGAGAGAAUUUCAAAGGUGGGGCCCAGGGAAUAAUGAUGCACAAAAAUAGGCGUUAUUGUUUAAAAUGAGUAGUUUUUUUUUAUGGUUA